CAUACCUGCAAGUCCCAUGAAACCUAACAGCCCAACAUGAAAUGAUCAGAAAAUAAUAAACCCAAAUAACAUUUUUCCUUUUUAAUUCUCCAAUUUCAUAAUAAUUUCUUUUGUCUCUGAUUCUAUGCUAUUCGAUUGCUCCAUCCAUGGCUUCUAAUGGAACAUCUCCGAGAGCGGAAACUGAGAACAGCUUGGAGAAAAUCAAGAGGCAGCUUACGUCGGGUUCAGGGAGGAAUCUGUUGCAGGGGCCGCUCCUUAAGAGAUCUGAAACGCUGAGGAAAUGGAACGAGCGAUGGGUGAUCUUGGACCCCACUACUGGAAAAAUGGAAUACAAGAUUCGGAGGAAUGAGUCAGUUGUCAAGGGAACCAUUACAUUUGAUGCAAAUAGCACAAUUACCAUCUCUCCUGUAAACUUCCAUGGACUACCAAAAUAUGACGGCUGCUGUUUCUAUAUUGGUACCCCCCAGAAACAAGAUUACUUCCUCUGUGCUGAAACUCCUGGUGCUGCUAGAGCUUGGGUAUCAACUCUACUUGCUACUCAAUUGGUGUUAAAGGCCCACAAAGAAGCUGUGAAUUCCUUAAGUGGAAAUACUUCUACAAAAUUAGGGACAGUAGCAAGAGUUGUUGCUGAAGCCAACUCAAGGGCUCAGGAAGCUGCUAAAGAAAUUGAAGCAGCAAUGCGGAUAUCCAUGAGAAAUGCUUUGGGCGUGGUGGCAAAUAGACCAAACGAAGGUCAAAUGGAUGAUCUGACAAUCAUGAAAGAGACAUUACGAGUGAAGGAUGAGGAAUUACACCAUCUGGCUAGGGAUCUUCGUGCACGGGAUUCAACAAUAAAAGAAAUAGCAGAGAAACUAUCUGAUACUGCUGAAGCGGCUGAGGCUGCCGCAGCUGCUGCUCAUACAAUGGAUGAACAGAGAAGAAUUGCCUGUGCUGAAAUUGAGCGUUUAAUGAAGGAUUCAGAGAAAGAGAGAGGGUCAGCAGUGUUAAAGUCAAGGGAAUCUGAAGAAAAAAUUGAGGUUCUAAGUAAGGAGAGGGAUCAACUAUUUAAGCAAAGAGACUCUGCUCUUCAGGAGGCACACCUAUGGCGUUCUGAGCUUGCAAAAGCUAGAGAACGUGUUGUGAUUUUAGAAGGAGCUGUUGUUAGAGCUGAGGAGAGGGCAAGGGUUGCAGAGGCAGAUGCUGAAGCUAGGGUAAAAGAAGCUGUAGAGAAAGAAUUAGCUGCUGUCAAGGAGAAGGAAAAGCUCCUAGCAUAUGUAAAUAUGUUGCAAGGACAACUACAAAGGCAGCAGAGUGAUACAAAGCAAGUCCUUGAAGAGAAGACUGAGUCAUGCUCGGAUGUAGGUAACACCCUUCCAUUAACAAAGCAUGUAGACUUGUCGGAGAACGUAGAUAAAGCAUGUCUCAGCGUUUCAAGAUCUAUCCCCGUCUCUGAGGAUGGUAUAGUCCAGUUAGCUGUAGAUCAAGUCGAUCUCUGUUCAAUUGGGGAUGGGGAAUGGAGUGAUAUUAGGGCUACAGAGGCGAGGAUAGCUGAUGUAAGAAUAUCCCCUGAAGCAGAGGGUAGCAGCUUGGAUAUUCCUGUUGUGAGUCUACCAGUUGACAAUCAUCAUGAGCAUGGAGGGAAUUCAUUUCACCAGCCUUGAGUUUUAUUAACUCUUGAUGUACCUUAAGAAAAAACCAACUUGAGUGUGCGGUUGGAGCAUCAUUAAAAAAUCAGUCUUUUCUUAUAUGUUCUUCUGUACCUUUUUUUUUUUU